AUGUCUGGAUCUUUUGGAAAGGCUUUCAACAGGCUUACCCAGAUCCUUGAUCAGCUUUGGGCCACGAAAAUGGUUGAAACCUUCCAAAAGAAUAAAGAAAAAACCACGACUUCCGAUAGACUUGGUGCAGUAAUGGAAGAAGUUGCCACUCAGUCAAAGGAAUGUGCACCGAAGCUCUCUCAAAUGCUGUUGAAUGCUUCUGACGUGCAAAAAGGAUUGGCAACAGCCAAAAAGAACUUCAACACUGAAAUCAAUACCACUUACAUUGACGAUCUCAAAAGUUUCUUGAACAAUGAAGUCAAGGAGGCUCAGCUAGAGGCUGAAAUGAGAAAAGAUGAGGCGGAGUUUGAUAAGGUGCACAAGGAGGCCGUUGCCAUCUUUGAGGAGACUUGUAGGAAAUUUGACGAACAAAAUGUUCAACUGACUGACCUUGUUCGUGCACAGAAGAACUUCUUUGAUGCUUGUUCUCGCGCAUGCGCCGAAAUGGUCGGGGCCUAG